ACUGUAUGCUAAUUAUUUUUAUCAAUUACUACUCAGAAAACAUGCUGGAAAUGCUUGAAUACAGCCAUUAUCAGGUGCAGUCUCACUUAAAAAAUCCCACCAAGUUCCACAUCCAGCAGGCCCAGAGGCAGCAGGUGCAGCAGUACCUGUCCACCACCCUGGGUGGUAAAGCAGGCAGCCAGUGCCUCAGCCAGCCCCUGGAGCAAGGCAUGCCACCUGGGCCCGGCAGCAGCGCCCCCAACAGUCCCAUGGCCCUGCUCACACUCAGCUCCAGUUGUGAGAAAGAGAUGGAUGAUGUCAUUGAUGAUAUUAUUAGUCUGGAGUCAAGUUACAAUGAAGAUGUUCUUGGACUGAUGGACACAGGACUCCACAUUAACAACCCGCUGCCCGUGUCUGGAAACUUACUGGAUGUGUAUGGCAAUGAAGGCCUUCCGCUCCCAGGUCUCACCAUCAGCAACACAUGCCCACACAAUAUUAAAAGGGAAUACACUGUCACUCCAGCUCCUGGCAUGAAGCAAGUACUGGACAAGCCUGGAUCCUGCGGCCAGUACGAAAACUAUCAAAGGCCAGAGGGCUUUCCAGUAGAGGCUGAAGUUCGUGCUCUUGCUAAAGAGAGACAGAAGAAGGACAACCACAAUUUAAUUGAACGAAGACGGAGAUUCAACAUUAAUGAUCGCAUCAAAGACCUGGGGACCUUGAUACCCAAGUCAAAUGAUCCAGACAUGCGCUGGAAUAAGGGCACCAUUCUGAAAGCCUCAGUGGACUAUAUCAGGAAGCUACAGCGGGAGCAGCAGAGAGCCAAAGAGCUUGAGUGCAGACAGAAAAGGCUGGAGCAUGCAAACCGCCAUCUACUGCUUCGUAUACAGGAGUUGGAAAUCCAGGCCCGGGCCCAUGGUCUUACAGUGGUGUCAUCUCCAUCUGUCUGCACAUCGGAGCUGAUGGCACGAGCCAUUAAACAGGAGCCCAUCCUUAGAGACUGCCCCUCAGAUAUCUACCAGCAUAGCUCAGCUCCUGACAUGUCCCCUCCAACCACACUGGACCUCAACAAUGGCACCAUCACCUUCGACGAGAUUCCUGCAGACACUGAAGAGCCUGGUCCCUAUGAAAACUCCAGGACCUGUAAAAUUAAAAAGUUGGUAAGGGACAACACCCUGUCGCCAGUUUCUCUAAGUGAUCCCCUGCUGUCUUCAGUGUACCCUGAUGCCUCCAACAGCAUCAGCAGCCAACACAGUUCCAGCUCUAGUAUGGAUGAGAGGGAGCAUGACUGUUAGCACUGGCCAGUACCAUGAGACACGGGGACAUGUCCUAUCAGUAGCAUCCCAAA